UUAAUGGAAUGUUUAACAUUUUGGGAUAUAUCCACAUUUACUGUCAUUGUGAGAGUUAACUAAUCCCUGAAAAAACUCAUAUCUGUUGGUAAACAUGUAUGUGGACCCAGCAUGGUUAGCUUGGCUUUGUAUAAAAACCAACAAUCAGAAACAGAAAGUGUCACGCUUUCCAUAGGUAACAAAAUUACCUCUUACACCUGCCAAUCUCAUUAAUUAACACAUUAAAUUCAGUCUGUUUCAUCCACAGACAAGAAAACAACAGCACAAUUAACCAUAUAAAAAGGAUUAUGAGGCAGUUAUUUCUUGGUUGGAAGCUGUCGCCAGGCAAUCAGUGGAGACUCCUUGAAGCUAGUAUCCCCGGCCAAGACGCAGUCCAGUGCAUAUCCUCUUGUAAAACAGCAAAUUGUUGCUUUAAAAAUGUGCUAAGUAAUAAACUUAAACGAUCCUAAUAUGAGCACAUUUCCUUACAACCAGGCUAGCAGUUUACUCUUGUUUCCAGGCAGCUGGUGUCUGUAGCUUCAUAUGUAGCACACAUGAGAGUGCUAUUGAUCUUGUCAUUAAAGUCCUGAAAAGUAAAUAAGUGUAUUCUCCAAAGUUAGGGUUCUUCCUGCAUAUAGUCCCAAAGAAGUUUAAGCGGGCACCAAAGAAAACCCAGCAGCACCAAAAUUAUUAGAAAUGACCAUUUAAAGCAAGUCUCAAGGAUGUUUUUUGCUUAUGAAAAGGCCAGAAAUAACAGGAAAAUGCUUUUUUUUUCCUUUCAAAUAAGGUAGUGCAGACUCAUUCCCUUUAUUGACAGAUUGUGCUUGCUGUUCCAGAGUCAGCAAAAACCCUGAAAACCUCAAACAAUUCUUUAAAGUUUAGCAUGCAGAUACUACUUGAGAUCAGGCUUUUAUGUCCAUUUCCGUGCCAUCAAAAAAAGUACCGUCCCUGUGCCUUUCUUCACUGGAACAGUUGCUAUGGUUAUUCUUACAACCAUUAAGAAGUCAUACUGCGUUACUUGCAAUAGACUUUGAAAACCUCACAGCCAACCAGAGAAUAAAACAUGCACAGCAGGUAGUUUAAUAGGUAGCAGUCAUUCUUCAUAACCUGUGUUGAACCUUCCCAGCGUAUUAAUCACCUCAUCCCAGAUUAAUGGCCUAAGAAUGCCUUGAUCUUCACGGAGAAGGCAUUUCUGUGCCAAGAAUACGUAGGCAAACUGCAUCCUCUUCAAUAGGCCUUUAUUCCUCGGGGGCAAGUGGGGGCUUGAAAAGAGAUAGAGCACAGAAUCAGGGAGAAAAGAGGAGGAGAGAGAGAGAGCGAGCCAAAGAGUGUUUGAAGGAUAGAAAGAAAAAAACAAGGAAAGGCAUCCCAGCCAUGAAGUCAGUGAGAAGGAAUGCUGAGCUCACAAGCUUUACCUCUUACACUUCAGCAAUAGCUCAUAUUAUUAAUAUCACAGAGAAGGGCUAUUCAUCUUCCCUCAGACAGCACAUGGAGGAGAGAUGUGGGAUGCAGAGGGGAGAAGAGGACAGAAAGAAGGGAAGACCUCUGCUGAGAAGUCAUUGGUCCGUUCCACUGCCUUCAAGCCCGUGAAUCCCACAAGGACUUCGUCCACAGAGACGGGCCACAACAGCCUGGACCACAUCCUUUAUCCUCUGAAGAGAGCAAGCAGUCCAAAUAUUAGGCACAAGCAAGACACCUUAGGGACUCUCUCCGACUCCGGGCGUAACUCUAUGUCUAGCCUGCCCACCCACAGCACCAGCGGCAGCCUAAGUGCUUCCACAGGCCCUGUCAGUCACAGCGAUGGCAGCUCAGCUCUCGCAAACAGCCUCAGCAUGGGAGCACAAUCCAAUUUCCCUCCGUGGGUCAACGGGAACAGCACUAACCUUGACUGUAGUUACAGGGCUGGUUUAAACAGCAGCGGGCUGGCGUCUAAGGCUAAUGAGGAUGCUGGCUCCCCAUUCUCUACAGAUGAGCCAAGCUCUCUCUCUGAAACUGCAGGUGGGAUUCGGUCCCCCAUUACUACAGAUGAGUCACUGAUUGAACGUUUGGAACAAAGGCUGCUAGAGAGAGAAACUGAACUGCAGGAGCUACAGGUGAGCUUUGAGGAGAAGGAGGCAGACACCUGCCAGCUGUUUGAGGAAAGACAAAGGUAUUGUGCUGAGGAGAUGGAAGGGCUGAAGCAGCGAUGCUCCACGAAGCUACGACAAGUGUCUCAAAUGGCUGCAAAGACACAUCAAACACUCCAGCUGCAGGUCACCCAGCUCCAGGCAGAGAAGGAAAGGCUUCAGGAAGAUGUCUUCAAGUUGACUCAAGAGAAAGACCUUGUCCAGCUCAGACUAAGAUCAUACGAAACACAGAGCACACAACUGGCUCCGACACUCGAGGAAACUCAGUGGGAGGUGUGCCAGAAGACAGGAGAGAUCUCACUGUUGAAGCAGCAGCUAAGAGACUGCCAAGCAGAUGUCAGCCACAAGCUAAAUGAGAUAGUCACCCUCAGGGCGUCACUGAAGGAAAACACGGCAAAAAUGGAAAUGCUGGAGAAACAGAAUAAAGACCAUGAGGACAAACUCCACUCUCGCACCAUAGAGGUUGAGGUGUGCCAAAAUGAACUCCAGCGCAAAAAGAAUGAGGCCGAUUUUCUGAGAGAGAAAGUGGGCAAACUGGAGAAAGACAUUCAGGGAAUGAAGCAGGACGUGGCCACGGCCAAAGAGCAGAGGCUGCAGCACGGUUUGCAACUCGAUGCCCCUUCUCCGACUCAGGCCUUGGACAGACUAAUCCAAGGUCCAGACUCCCCUGACCAGGGCCAGACGGAGGAGAGCAGGGAACACAUCCCCACAGAAUCACUCCAAAGGCAAGUGGAGAGACUAAAGCAGCAGCUCAGGGAGGAGAAGAAUGCUCAAGAGAAGCUGGCCAGCAACUUCGAGCAAGAAAAGCAGACGUGGAACAAGGAGAAAGACAGGGUCAUUAAGUACCAGAAGCAGCUCCAGAUCAACUACCUGCAGAUGCAUAAGAAGAACCAGGACCUGGAGAGGAUCCUGAAGGAGCUGACAGCUGAACUAGAAAGCCGACCGGAGCUCGGCAUGGACAUGACCUACAGCUCAGGGUUACAAACUUAUGACGAUGUCAUUGCCACAGAGAUUUGAAGGGAGCACUCACUCGCAUGCUUUCUGUAAAAGUGAUACUGGAUCUUGACUAUUUUUUCACAACAGAUAAUUGAUCUGUCGUGACGUCACACUCAACAUCACAGCAACAGGAGCUCAUGCACUGUUUUACAAGGGUUAUUUAAUAGAAUGUGCAUAAUGUAGAGGUUUUUCUGUCCAGGACACAAAAACAGUACUAAAAAUAGCUUUUGGUGAAGGCACUGUUACUACCUAUUUUAAAGUAAGUUAUUAAAUGUUCAAAUGAGGUUGUUUUUUAAAACAUGCUGCCUAACAUAAUCACUUCAUGUUGAAAUCAUCCACGAUGUUGUAAUUUAAACACCAUUUAUUAGUUGAUAAUUGAGACAGACCAGACAACAGCUGACUUAGUUGUUCCAUGAUGAAUGUCUGAUGGCAACACAUGAUAAGCAUGGUAGUUGCUGAGCAUCUGUCUCUUCCAGCAUGACUAAAUGACAGUGAUAUAUCAUCUAUUGUGAGUGUAGCUUCCUAAAUCUUGGCCACUGUAUGCUCCCACACUGUCUGUUCUUAAAGGGUUAGAGCAUGGAAAGUAGUUUAAAACCAUUUCAUUAGUCAUUUUAAAACUAUUUUUAAGUUGUCAAUAUAAUUGCUAGUCACACAAAUGUAAAAAGAAAAAAAGUUCCACUUCAAAAUACACACAGAAGUCUUGUCCAGCUCUCAUGCAGUUUCACCCUUUAAAUAUAUUAUGCAAACAGACAAACAGUGAAGUUAAUAUAUUUUAUUAAAAUGUCAGUAUAUUUUUGUCACUUUGCAGAUCUUGUGAAAUUGAAGUUUUGUUACCAAGAAUUACUGAAUUAAUCUUGCAAGGCUUUACCAAUGAAAGUGCCAUAAAAAGUCCUAAAUCAACUUAUACAACAACAUCACUCCACUGAACACAUAUAUUUUUAAUAUAGUUGUCUAUGCUUGUUUACUAUAGGCAAUUCCACAAACACAAGCAGGGAUUGAAAUGCUGGAUCAGUGAACUGUGAAUAGUUUGUAUUUAAGCAAACCUUAUGUCCGCUUAUAUAAAACAGAAGCCUGGAAAGCGAAAUAUGCCUUCAUCACUCCUACUAGAUUCAAGAAUAAACGUAACGCAGUGCAAUAUACACUAGAGAACCCUUCAAACAGAAGCCAAGGGCAAAUGUUGACAUUCACUUGGUGUUCUGUGAGUGUUUAGAGGGAGAGAGAUUAAAGAGGGCUGGAUGGUAUACAAUAAAAGCAAAUAUUUUAGGAGAAAAAAACAAGGAAAAAUGGGUAAUCAUCCAGUAGUGUCUAUCUCUCUCCCUACACUGUUCAUUCAACUUUGCAAGAGUUAGCUGGCACAGCUCCACUUGGAGACAAACAAUCCUUCCCAGCAGCAGCCCCGGCCAUUUGGCUCUACUAUUUUGGAGCAAUUCCACUUCCCACAAGGGAAAAAGUAGUUUGGGAAGCAAAAGUUUAACUACUCCACCUACUCAGUACUCAGGGGCUCACAUCGACAGCCAGUCAGGCUGAGGUAUAUGCAGACGCAACGCUGGUCAAGAAUGUGCAGCAAUCUGUGUGACAAGGCUGCUUGAGAUUGCUCAGCUACUCACCAUUAUGUUACAUUACCAGAGCAGGUCAGGAGGACUUUGGAAGCAGACAGACUAAGUAGAAUCUAAGGUGAGGUACUGUAACCAGCGGCACUCAGGCUCAAGUGACUGAUAAAUGCUUCCAUCCUUUACUCUGGGCCUAAACUCAGAGAAGUGGUUAAAUAGGGAAGUAGCAAAAGGACAGGUAAUACUUCAACUAUGGUACUAGUAAAGGGGGAAAAAAAUGCUUGAAAUCCAAUAUGUUAAAAAAGAAAUCAAUCAAACGUAGAGGAACUUGUCUACCUCGGGCAAAAACCCCUCAGUGAAUCGGCCUGUGUGCUGAGAUAGAACUGGAAAUGAGUGCCAACAAACAAACAAGGGUACAAACGCGUAGGUGAUUUGAAAAGCAACAAAUGUUUGUCAUUUGUGCAUCGCUGCACAACACUUUUGCUCAUUUACUCUCCUCUAUUCUGAAAUUCAGUUCAUGUAAAAGUGAAUUUUUCAUCUAUUCACUGAGGCAUUUUACAUCCCAAAAAUAAAAACCCAGGAUGAGCAUUUUUAUCUGUAUUCCAACAAUCAUUUGGUGUAAUUUACAUUCUGCUUGCUUUUGAUGAUUACUCAAACCAUCCUUUAAUGCACUCCUCGUUGAAAGGUAUAUGGAUGAAUACUUUUGAUUAACUACACCACACUAGACACUGUGCUCCAGUUAUUAAUGUAUAGAGGUGUUAGAGGUAGGAAAUAAAUGUCAACCGAUACUACUAUUUAUAACACAACUUGACGAGAAAAUGCUGGAUUUAGACUCAGAAAUAAAUAUGACUGCUGUUGAUAUGUAUUCAAAGCUGUCUUCAACUGCA